AUUUACCACGGACCGAAAAUUUGAAUGAAAGCCAAAAAUAUAACAGACCGCGAGAUUCUCAAAUAGGUGAACGAUUUAAUUACGAAACUUUGGGCACAACAAGCUUGAAGAAAAUUGGCAUUGCAUGACCUUGAGGUCCUUAGUUUUGCUGCGCUUUGUUAUAGAAACAGAGUAUCGACCCUCUUAAAUACUUCUUGAUUUCAGGUCAUCCUAAAUUGAGAUCUGGAGUUUAGCUUGAAACAAAUAACAGUGGACCUAUGUCAGCCAAUUUAUGGAAUAAAAUACAUAAAAUUAACGAGUUUAAAUCCCAAUUAUCUAAAGCAAUUGGCGAUGUAGACAGAUUGAAAGAACUAGCUAAAUGGGAAAACGACAAACUUGAAAAUCAAAUCAAUGCAGAGACACUUCGACGCUAUCAGAAGGCGAAAUCCGAGGAAGCUGAAGAACUUAGUAAGAAAAAAGAACAUUUAAAAACUGUACUGAUGAACGAUGAAAGAGCAAUUCUAAAAGAGUGUAAAACAGCAGGUGAGGAAAAAGCUGAGCGUCUGAAGUCUAUGAGGGCACAAGCCGAAUUGCUAGAAAAACAGAAGAAAGAAGCAGAUGAAAAAAUUGCUCUUGAAAAGUAUGACCAGCGUCUUCGUGAAGAAUGUGCUGAAUUACGUCAGGAAUUAAGUAAACGUAGAGCUAAUGAAAUUGCCCGUGAUCUGUUAAUUCAAAUUGAAAUGAAACAGAAACAAAAUCUUCUGGAGAAACGCCAAAGUGACUACUUAGAUAAAUUCGUAUUAACUCACUCAAAGGAUAUGUUCAAUGAAGCUGAUGCACAGGUGAUUGUAGAAGGAAAAAAACGGAUCGCAAUUUUUUUAAAAGAACAGAUAGAAAGAAAGGAGCAGGAGAAACUUGUAGAAAAGGUGGAGAAGAUGAAACAAGCAAACGCUCUGGAAGAAUUAAAUAAGCAACUAAUGCAAGAAAAAGAAGAUGAAGCAACAAAGAAAAAACAAAGGUUCUCUAAGAUUAAAUUGGACCUGGACAAGUGUUUACAGGAAAAACUAUUAAGGAAAUCAGAGGAACGCAACCAGGAAGCUCAGUGUAACAAUUUAUUAACCCUUUUAAAUCAACAAGUAGAUAAAGAGAGGAGUGGAAAGCAGAGGGACAAGGUAACGUAUUCCAGAAAAUGUAUUUUUAUAUAUUUUUAUUGAUAAUGGAUAACAGAGUUGUUUAGGUAUGUAUGAACAAGGUAUAAUAAAUCAAAAACGUUUGUUACUAAAUGUGUCAAAAAAGUAUAACAUUUUUAAAAACACACGAAGUUUAGGAAAAUUAAACGUUAGUGAUGUUUGGUGUUGUAUUUCAUUAUUUCUAUAACAUUUAAAUGAUUGGCAACAUUCAUUUCGCUUCAUAAAUUCUAGGCAGUGAUUGUACUUACAGACAGAUAAAUUUAUUUCAUAAAUACUUAACACUGAGGUGACGGCAGAACAUUUAGACGCUGCUGAUGUGUUUUGUCAGGUUACUUUAAAGAAAGAGGCGUUACAGUAUUUAGAGCAUGUUCGUGAUUCAAAAGAAGCUGAAAAGAAUUUUGAGAAAGAAAUGAGCAGAAGUAUUGACGAAUGUAUUGCAAAGCAACAAAACCUUGAUCACCACAAGAAAAUACAGCUUCUAGUAGCUAGAGAAAACUUGAAAAAUAAUGUAAACGAAGUAUGUCGACAACAAAUAAUGGAAAAAACUGGCAGACUGAAGGCCGAUUUGGUUUGAAGAGAAUCGACUUAAAAGUUUUGUGGGUCGUAUUUGAACUGUUUCAUAUGUGGUGACCUGCUUUUCUGGACGAGAAUGCGAUGGGUGCGGUGGAAACAAUUGUUAUUAUAACCAAUUGUACCAGUUAUUGUUUUAUCGUACUCGUUGUUG